AAAAUUACUGGAUUUAACAAUUUGGUAACUACUCUAAGUCUUAAAUUCAGUUCUGAACGAAGAGCUGGCUAUGUAUCUUCUUUUACAUUUAAUAAAGAAGUAAUGCAACUAUUGAUUACUAGUGGCAUUGAUCAAGAGAUUACUGGGUCUCGAAUUUUCACAAUUCAUGAAGCUCAAGCAAGAAGUCUUGUUUUUCUACAUUUCGAAUUGCUUUGGUGA